AUGGUUAUACAACGAAAUCAUUCUUGCAUUUCAAUAGAAUUUGUAUUGCAUAGAGACAUUGGUUAUUUCAUAAUACAAGUUUAUGUUCCAAGCAUGCUUAUUGUAAUACUGUCCUGGGUAUCCUUUUGGAUUAGUAUUGAUGCCCAUCCAGCCAGAGUAUCUUUGGGACUCUUUACAGUUCUUACAACAACGACAAUGAGUGGAGGAGCCCGGGAAGGUUUGCCGAGAGUAUCUUAUAUAAAAGCCAUUGAUAUCUGGAUGAUUGUGUGUUUAGUUUUUGUUUUUGCAUCAUUACUUGAAUAUGCAGUUGUUAAUGUACUGGCUAGAAGACAGGUCAAACCACAAAAUCUUGCCAAGAUCAUGCAAAAUAAAAAUUUAGGUAAAAUGUCGGACGCUCUUACAAGAAUAUUCACCGAAUUGAACAACAGAGACUACAUCUUAUCGGUAGUCUUGUAUCUUGCUGUUUAUUGA